AUGAAUAUGUUGAAUUUUGUUCUUAUAGGUCAGAUCAGGUUGGCAGGUCCUGGAUCAACUCAGUGCUCUGGAAGGAUUGAAGUUUACUACAACAAUUCCUGGGGAACAGUCUGUGAUGACAGCUGGGACAUAGAUGAUGCUGAAGUGGUUUGUCACCAGCUGGGCUGUGGUACAGCUAUCAGUGCAGUAGUUGGUUCUGCUCACUUUGGUCAAGGAGAUGGAGAAAUCUGGCUUGAUGAUGUUCGGUGCACAGGAAAUGAAAACUCUCUAACCAACUGUGGACACAGAGGUUAUGGGACACACAACUGUGGUCAUGGUGAGGAUGCUGGUGUGAUCUGUUCAGGUUCAGUCAGGUUGGCAGGUCCUGGAUCAACUCAGUGCUCUGGAAGAGUUGAAGUUUACUACAACAAUUCCUGGGGAACGGUCUGUGAUGACAGCUGGGGCAUAGCUGAUGCUGAAGUGGUUUGUCACCAGCUGGGCUGUGGUACAGCUAUCAGUGCAGUAGUUGGUUCUGCUCACUUUGGUCAAGGAGAUGGAGAAAUCUGGCUUGAUGAUGUUUGGUGCUCAGGAAAUGAAAACUCUCUAACCAGCUGUGGACACAGAGGUUAUGGGACACACAACUGUGGUCAUGGUCAGGAUGCUGGUGUGAUCUGUUCAGGUAAAGAAAAAACAGUCAGGUUGGCAGGUCCUGGAUCAACUAGGUGCUCUGGAAGGGUUGAAGUUUACUACAACAAUUCCUGGGGAACGGUCUGUGAUGAUGACUGGGACAUAGAUGAUGCUGAAGUGGUUUGUCACCAGCUGGGCUGUGGUACAGCUAUCAGUGUAGUUGGUUCUGCUCACUUUGGUCAAGGAGAUGGAGAAAUCUGGCUUGAUGAUGUUCGGUGCUCAGGAGAUGAAAGCUCUCUAACCAGCUGUGGACACAGAGGUUAUGGGACAAACAACUGUGGUCAUGGUGAGGAUGCUGGUGUGAUCUGUUCAGGUAAAGAAAAAACAGUCAGGUUGGCAGGUCCUGGAUCAACUAGGUGCUCUGGAAGAGUUGAAGUUUACCAGAACAAUUCCUGGGGAACGGUCUGUGAUGAUGACUGGGACAUAGAUGAUGCUGAAGUGGUUUGUCAACAGCUGGGCUGUGGUACAGCACUCAAUGCAACGAGUUCUGCUCACUUUGGUCAAGGAUUUGGACCAAUCUGGCUUGAUGAUGUUCGGUGCUCAGGAAAUGAAAACUCUCUAACCAGCUGUGGACACAGAGGUUAUGGGACACACAACUGUCGUCAUGGUCAGGAUGCUGGUGUGAUCUGUUCAGGUUCAGUCAGGUUGGCAGGUCCUGGAUCAACUAGGUGCUCUGGAAGGGUUGAAGUUUACUACAACAAUUCCUGGGGAACGGUCUGUGAUGAUGACUGGGACAUAGAUGAUGCUGCAGUGGUUUGUAGACAACUGGGCUGUGGUACAGCACUCAAUGCAACGGGUUCUGCUCACUUUGGUCAAGGAGAUGGACCAAUCUGGCUUGAUGAUGUUUGGUGCACAGGAGAUGAAAGCUCUCUAACCAGCUGUGGACACAGAGGUUAUGGGACACACAAAUGUGGUCAUGGUCAGGAUGCUGGUGUGAUCUGUUCAGGUUCAGUCAGGUUGGCAGGUCCUGGAUCAACUAGGUGCUCUGGAAGAGUUGAAGUUUACUACAGCAAUUCCUGGGGAACGGUCUGUGAUGAUGACUGGGACAUAGAUGAUGCUGAAGUGGUUUGUCACCAGCUGGGCUGUGGUACAGCUAUCAGUGCAGUAGUUGGUUCUGCUCACUUUGGUCAAGGAGAUGGAGAAAUCUGGCUUGAUGAUGUUCGGUGCUCAGGAAAUGAAAACUCUCUAACCAGCUGUGGACACAGAGGUUAUGGGACACACAACUGUGGUCAUGGUCAGGAUGCUGGUGUGAUCUGUUCAGGCCCAGUCAGGUUGGCAGGUCCUGGAUCAACUCAGUGCUCUGGAAGAGUUGAAGUUUACUACAACAAUUCCUGGGGAACGGUCUGUGAUGACAGCUGGGGCAUAGCUGAUGCUGAAGUGGUUUGUCACCAGCUGGGCUGUGGUACAGCUAUCAGUGCAGUAGUUGGUUCUGCUCACUUUGGUCAAGGAGAUGGAGAAAUCUGGCUUGAUGAUGUUCGGUGCUCAGGAGAUGAAAGCUCUCUAACCAGCUGUGGACACAGAGGUUAUGGGACACACAACUGUGGUCAUGGUCAGGAUGCUGGUGUGAUCUGUUCAGGUAAAGAAAAAAUGCUUUGUCCAGUCAGGUUGGCAGGUCCUGGAUCAACUCAGUGCUCUGGAAGAGUUGAAGUUUUCUAUAGAUAUACCUGGGGAACGGUCUGUGAUGAUGACUGGGACAUAGAUGAUGCUGAAGUGGUUUGUCAACAGCUGGGCUGUGGUACAGCACUCAAUGCAACGAGUUCUGCUCACUUUGGUGAAGGAGAUGGACCAAUCUGGCUUGAUGAUGUUCGGUGCUCAGGAAAUGAAAGCUCUCUAACCAGAUGUGGACACAGAGGUUAUGGGACACAUAACUGUGGUCAUGGUGAGGAUGCUGGUGUGAUCUGUUCAGGUUCUGUGAUCAGAUUGAUUGGAUCAACUUCCUGUUCUGGAAGAGUUGAGAUCAACCACGACGACCAAUGGGGAACAGUCUGUGACAACGGCUGGGAUCUAUCUGAUGCUCUGGUGGUCUGCAGACAGUUAACCUGUGGUUCAGCAUUAAACGCCACUUCAUCAGCUGCUUCUGGUGAAGGAACUGGUCAAAUCUGGCUUGAUGAUGUGAACUGUACAGGAAAUGAAAGCGCUCUAACUAACUGUCAGCAUCAAGGGUAUGGGACACACAACUGUGAACACAAUGAGGACGCUGGUGUUGUCUGCUCAGGUCCAGCAGCCUUCCUUGGGUUGACAGCCCGCAGUGUGCGCCUCACCUCGUGCUCCUCUACAACGAGGAGUGUGGUGUUGUGGGUCGCUUGGUGUAGUGUGGCUGCCUCUGUUGGCUUCACCUCAAAGCGGGCAAAGAAGAGGUUCAGCUCCUCUGCCAGCGUGGCGUCGCCUUCCGCAGCUGCGAGAUGUUUCAAAAGCAGAAAUCUAAAGUUUAUCUGUGUUCUGUUACCAGGUUCUGUGAUCAGAUUGAUUGGAUCAACUUCCUGCUCUGGAAGAGUUGAGAUCAACCACGACGACCAAUGGGGAACAGUCUGUGACAACGGCUGGGAUCUAUCUGAUGCUCAGGUGGUCUGCAGACAGUUAACCUGUGGUUCAGCAUUAAAUGCCACUUCAUCAGCAGUUUUUGGUCCAGGAACAGGUCAAAUCUGGCUUGAUAAAGUGAACUGUACAGGAAGUGAAAGCGCUCUAACUAACUGUGGACACAACGGUUAUGGGACACACAACUGUCGUCAUAGAGAGGAUGCUGGUGUGGUCUGCUCAGGGUUGGUUUGGGGUCCAGGAGGAGCAGAGGUUACCAAGGGUUACGGCCUCUCCUUCACUUGCUCCAUUAACCCCAGAUAUCCUCAGGGAGAUUUCUCUCUCAUCUUCUCCGGCUCCAACAUCACAGAAACCAGGCCAGCAGUCAAACACUCAGCCUCCUUUAACUUCCCAGCUGCUGAGUUUGAACACCAGGGCAACUACAGCUGUGUGUAUGAGGUUACCAUGGCUACACAGAAGUUCAGUUCUGUUCAGACAGAACCCAUUAGUCUCAUCGUCAAACCCUCUUCACUGCUGCUGGUUUCCUCAGUCUCCAGUGGAAUCCUGCUGCUGGUCCUGCUGGUGUCUCUAGCAGUCUGUCUGCGCUGCAGGAGGAAACUUUGCUCUAAACAGCCCAUACCGUCUGACCAAAACCAAAUGUAUUUCCAGCAGUUAAACACAAAAUACGACGAGAAUGAUCAGGACGACUAUGAAAAUAUUGAUGCAAUUCGCUCAGUAAAGAAACUGGAGAUGGACGAAGAGUCAACAACUGUUACUUGUUUACAGUCUAAUCUCAUUGAAUGCAGCGAACCUCCAGAACAGGAACCAACUAACAGGGAAGGAUUAUCAAUGAACACAAACGAGUUCUCAGUCUUCACAGCCAGUAUAAUAAAGCAGAGAAAAUACUGUGACAAAAUUCUCCACCACUGCGACAGAUGAGGACAAA